AUGGCGUCGUAUGGGCGUCUUGGCCUUGCACCACUCGCGCAUUGCAUUGAUGCCGGCCCCGAGCUAAUCGAGCAUGCGGCUCUGGAGAAUGAGCCAUUUUCUGCUCGAGAGAUGCAGGCCAUCGAUGGCCUAUGCGAGCAACAACGUACAGGCCGUUCAUUAGCCGCGUUUAUUUGCACCUCACUUCAUGUCCCAAGAGUGCAAUCAUACUUAUCUGCUCACCCGAGUCCUCUGUCUUGGCCACUCCUUCGUCGUCUUGGCUCGCUGCACAAGCUGCCAGCUCAGCUGCAAAUCGCCAGCACCACCUCUCUCCAUCCGGCAGGCGCCUGGCAUGUGAUCAUCCGCGUCUGGCCGAGCGCCGCCGUGUAUGGAUGCUGCUCUGGCCUGCUAUGGGGAGGCCGAACGAGCAGACACACUGCACAGCACGCACCUCGACCGAUCUCGACAUCAACAGCCCCCGUGGCAUCUACAGCCUCUCGGCCGCAUCGUGCUAUGCACAGUGCCGGCGACCAGGCAAGCAUCGACCAGCUGUUGCGGCACGUUGGCGUCGCUUGGUCGCGGGAGGGGCUGCUAGCAGGCGAGCAUGACCCCGGCACAUUGAAGAGUGAUCUACGCAUCCCCGCGAAAGGUGCAGGCUAA